CUCUCCUCCUCCCCACGCUCUCACGGCCUGCGUCUCCUUUCUUCCCGUCCCAAUCCAAUCAGCCACCGUCGACGGCCUUUCGUCCGUCCGGAUCGCUUGAUUGUUUGAUUGCGCAUUCUUUCUCCUCUCUACUUUUAAUUCCAUCGACUCAUGACGGCGCUGCUACUCCACCCCAGCACCCCCGUCUGUUCCCUUCGCGACUCUCGUUAACUGUUCGCUCCCCCCCCCUUUUGCGAUCCCGCUGCGGCUUCGACACCCCCGGCCGAUCCGUCUCGCGCACGCAACUGUCUCGAAACAUGGCCAGGCCGAGCUCCAGCCGGGGCAAGAGUCCCCAGCCCCCGCCGGCGCAGAGGCCAUCGCCCGCGACCUCGCCCGCGCCGCCCAAGAGCAAGGCCACCAAGGCCAAGAAGAACACCUCGUACAAGUCCGAUGGCGUCGCCGACAACGAUGUCUUUCUCCUCCCGCUCUCUGACUACGUCGUCGCCCUGGGCGUCACCAUUCUGGCCGCCUUGGUCCGCGUCUUCCGCAUCUACCAGCCCUCUAGCGUCGUCUUUGACGAGGUCCACUUCGGCGGCUUUGCUUCCAAAUACAUCAAGGGCAAGUUCUUCAUGGACGUGCACCCGCCCCUGGCCAAGAUGCUCAUCGCCCUGACCGGCUGGAUGGCUGGCUUUGACGGCAACUUCGACUUCAAGGAUAUUGGCAAGGACUACCUCGAACCCGGCGUCCCCUACGUUGCCAUGCGCAUGUUUCCCGCUCUCUGCGGCAUUGCUCUAGCUCCCUUCAUGUUCCUGACCCUCAAGGCCGUCGGCUGUCGCACCACGACGUCUGCCAUGGGUGCAAGCCUCAUUGUCUUUGAAAACGGCCUGCUCACACAGGCGCGCCUGAUCCUACUCGAUUCGCCCCUCGUCGCCGCAACCGCCUUUACCGCCCUCGCCUUCUCGUGCUUCACGAACCAGCACGAGCUCGGCCCCGCCAAGGCCUUCCAGCCAGCGUGGUGGUUCUGGCUGGUCAUGACAGGUCUCGGACUGGGCACCACUGCCAGUAUCAAGUGGGUGGGCCUGUUCACCAUCGCCUGGGUCGGUGCCCUGACGCUGGUGCAACUCUGGGUCCUGCUGGGCGACAACAAGAACGUCACUCUGCGCAUUUGGGCCAAGCACUUCAUGGCACGCGUCUUCUGCCUCAUCGUCAUUCCCAUCACCUUCUACAUGGCCAUGUUCGCCAUUCACUUCGUCUGCCUUGUCAACCCUGGCGACGGCGACGGCUUCAUGAGCUCCGAGUUCCAGGCUACGCUCAACAGCAAGGGCAUGAAGGACGUCGCCGCCGAUGUCGUCCUGGGCAGCCGCGUCUCCAUCCGUCACGUCAAUACCCAAGGUGGCUACCUGCACUCGCACCCGCUCAUGUACCCGACCGGUAGCAAGCAGCAGCAGAUCACGCUGUACCCCCACAAGGACGACAACAACGUCUGGCUUCUUGAGAACCAGACGCAGCCUCUGGGCAUCGACGGCCAGCCCAUCAACGGCACUGAUGCAUGGGACAAGCUUCCUGCACCCGAGUACAUCAAGGACGGCGCGGUCCUCAGGCUCUAUCACCAGCCCACCCACCGACGCCUGCAUUCCCACGACGUGCGACCUCCCAUCACGGAGGCCGACUGGCAGAACGAGGUCUCGGCAUAUGGCUUUGAGGGCUUCGAGGGCGACGCCAAUGACUAUUUCCGCGUCGAAAUUGUCAAGAAGAAGUCGGACGGCGCCAUCGCCAAGGAGCGCCUCCGCACCAUCGAGACCAAGUUCAGGCUCGUGCACGUCAUGACGGGCUGCGUGCUCUUUUCCCACAAGGUCAAGCUCCCCGAUUGGGCGUCGGAACAGCAAGAGGUGACGUGCGCCCGCGGCGGCAGCAUGCCCAACAGCCUGUGGUACAUUGAGUACAACGAGCACCCGCUGCUCGGCGAGGACACGGAAAAGGUCAACUACCGCAACCCGGGCUUCUUUGGUAAGUUUUGGGAGCUCCAGCAGGUCAUGUGGCGCACCAAUGCUGGUCUCACCGAGUCGCACGCCUGGGAUUCGCGCCCCGAAUCGUGGCCCAUUCUGCGCCGCGGCAUCAACUUCUGGGGCAAGCACAACACGCAAAUCUACCUCAUUGGCAACCCCAUCAUCUGGUGGGCGACAUCGCUCGCCAUUGUUGCCUGGGUCCUCUUCAAGGGCAUCGCAAUCCUGCGCUGGCAGCGCAGCUGCAACGACUACUCGAGCACCACGUUUAAGCGCUUCGACUACGAGAUCGGGACCUACGUGCUGGGCUGGGCGCUGCACUACUUCCCCUUUUACCUCAUGCAGCGCCAGCUCUUCUUGCACCACUACUUCCCCGCGCUUUACUUUGCCGUCAUCGCCCUGUGCCAGAUGUUCGACUACCUGACGGCUCGCAUCCCCGGUGCCGGCGCGCGCGACAGCGCCUUCUUUAACAAGAUUGCCGCCGUCAGCUUCCUGACCAUUUCCAUCGCCGCCUUCACCCUGUACGCGCCGCUCGCAUACGGCAACCACUGGACCAAGAGCGAUUGCAGCCGCGUCAAGCUCUUCGGCACCUGGGAUUGGGACUGCAACAACUUCCUUGACACCGUAAGUGACUCCACGGUCAUUCCCCAGCGGCAGCUCCCGCAGCGUGGCACAUGAGCCAUAUCAACGAGCCAGGUCGUGCACGCAGACGACCUUGAAGAAGAAGAAGAAGAAGAAAACAUGUGCGAGGGCAGGCCCACUAAUGUGAACUUGGACAUAGUAUGAGGCAUACUCGUCGCAACACGUCGUCGAUGUGAGCUCCUCGACGGGCGCCGUACCGACGGCCGAUGUGUCGGGCAACGUGGGCGAGCUCGAGAAGAGCGCAGCGCAAGAAAAGGUCCAUGAAGAGGCGAAGCCGUCAUCGCCUCCCGCCGAGCCCAAGGUGGUGUCCAAGGAGGAGCGCAUCGAGUACCGGGAUCAGGACGGCAACAUCCUCAACGAAGAGCAGGUCAAGGAGCUCCAGGGCAAGGUAGAGUUCAAGACCAAGUACGAGACGCGCACGCGCGUCGUCGACGACAUGGGCAAGGAGAUCCCCAUGCCCGAGGGCGGGUGGCCGGCCGACAUCGCCGGUGCUGGGGUCGCGCCGCCGCACCCAGACGUCGAGGGCGUCGACAAGGAGACAGUCAAGGCAGGGGAUGCCAAGCCACCCCAGGACGCGGCCGCGAGCCGCGACGGCGAGAAGGAGUCGGAGUGGUCCAAGGCCAAGCCCGCCAGCGAGGGCCAGGAGGCCACCGUCCGCGACGAGCUGUAACGCGGGCCCGGGGUUCCUCCUCCUCUUUACGCGCUCGCGCCUGGCGCCGUGAGGACCGGCGGCGGCUGUAGUAUUACCUACCACGUAUCUAAUAUCACGCACCAACGACGAUGGAUGGCUCAAUCGGCAGGAGAGGGAGGGGCGCCGCCGCCGCCGCCGCCGUGCAUGAUGACCGGGAACGUUUUGAGACGAAGAAAAGAAAGGGCAGGGCAGGGCAAGGCGGCGUCGACAUCGCCACAUCUGGGGCUCUCUCUUUCUCGCGGUGGCGGCAGGCAAGACCUCAAGCCCCCAACACUCAUCUAUCUCUCUCAUGUACUCUACCACGUAACUUUGUAGUCGAACGACCGCCCCCUGUUCAUGA